AUGGCUUCCCAAACAGCAACCUCGAAGCAGCGGCAUCACUGCGAUCACGAUGGCUGCAGCAAGUCUUAUCUUAGAGUGGAACAUCUGAAUCGCCAUCGUCUCACUCACCAAGAACGUGCUUUCUCGUGCUUUCUCUGCAAGAAGCCUUUCACACGCAAUGAUCUCCUCCAAGCCCACAUCCGACGACACGAAGAUGUCAACUUGGAGAAUGUGGAUAAGCCGCGGGAAAUCACUCCACCACCUUGUGAUCAUGGUGACCAUCAAGAGCCUUCAAGGAAGCGUACGAAAGCUGGCUGGGAUUCAAGCGCUCGACCUUUUGCCCCUCCUGGAGAGAUUGACUUUGAAUCUGCACCAUUGCAGCAAUCUGCUCGUGUGGAUGUUCGCUCAGAUCCAUAUUCGAUGGCUGAACCUCAAGGGUUUCCGCUGGAGCGAGUCAUUUUUGGUGCGCCUGCCGAAGGUCCACUUCUUGUCCAGGAUGAUAUGCAGCAGGAUCCAGAAUUCCAGCUCGAUGGGCAGCAGAUGGAUGGCUUUGAUGCGAAGCUCAUGAUAUCUGAUGAUCUGUAUCAACGUCUUGUCGCUGAGCUUCCUCAACUUGCACCUCUCACUUCUGACAACAAAGGUUCUCUACACAUGCUCUUUCGUCGUGGCUUCGAGUAUAUGGAAAUAGUCAUGCCAAUUUUCCACCGGCCAACAUGUGACGUAUCCGACUUGUCGAUCUCAGUCAUCCUUGCAGUGUGUAGUUUGGGUGGCAUUUUGGAGGGCAACUCAGACGACCAUGAACUUGGCUUGGUCAUUUACAAGCAUCUGCAUGGCAGCUUCUAUACUGUAGCAAAAGAUCAAGACAGUGAUUGGUUUUUGGCGAAUAUCCCGGCUGUUCUCAUGAUAGAGCACAUUGGGUGUUAUACACUGGAUCAUAAAGAGCAUGUACUGACAGAUUUCACCCGCGCAAUGACGACAAUGAAAUUCAGACAAGGCAGUUUCCUGUCACAAACGUCACAUGGUGUCGAAAUGAGUGCGCGAAGCUUGGCUGAACGAUGGAAGCAGUGGGUGGAGAGCGAAUCCAAGAUAAGAUUUGCAUACUACAUUUUCCUAGCCGACGUCAAGGGCUCCAUACACUUCAUGCGUCAUUCAAUGCUAUCGACGAGUUUGCUAGAUCUUCCACUCCCCUACACAACAAGUAUCUGGCAGGCCACCACAGCAGUAGAAUGGGAAAACGAGUUGGUGAGGUACAAGCAGGCAACAAAAAACUUGGCUACACCGAAAAUCGGACAGCUGGUGGCUCUAUUUCUUGGACAUGGCAUAUUAGGUCAUGAGCAUAAACUCCAUUCUCAAGACCCAUUUAUAUUGGAAAUCCUAGUCCAUGCGAUUGUGUCAAAGAUCUUAGAUCUUGGCCGUGCCAUUCCAACAGCAUCUUCCAAAGCUAUCGAUCUACUCAAGAGAUCAGAUUUGGCUAAUGGACUGGCACGGUGGAAAUCCUACUUUGACCAAAUUGACGUUCAGGGUCGAGAAACUGAAACUAGACUUUCUGCUCUGGGAACUUAUCAUCUGGCGAGCAUUCUCCUUCGAGAGGAGAUCUCGGAUUUGAUCGCAGUUUUUGGAACAUCUCAUCUGGGAAGUAACACCGCGGACUUCUCACCAACCAACAGCGAUGACAGAAACAGCAAGCAAGAUCCAUCUCCAGUUGGCAAGGAUGCAUGUAUACAUGCAGUGAAGAUCAUCGAAAUAUAUCUAAUUCAGAUCUCCUCGACCACAGUCCAAUCGUUCUAUCAGAAACGUACGGCCAUCAUUGCAUGUCUAAUUCUCACCACCUGUUUGUCCAAAUCGCAGCAGCCACAGGAGCCAAAGGGACGCCAGGUGGUCUCCCACAAUGGGAGCGCAGAAAACAAAGUAUCGCAGUUACUCGACUUGCUAGGAGAUCCAGAAAGCCACCCCCUUGAUCGUGACUCUCACCAUUUCGAAGCGGCGCUGGCAGUAGCUACUCAGCUUGUGAAGUCGGUAAGAGAUCAUGUUGCGACCGAUCCUGGCGACAUAUUUGUGUCCUCCACUUCCAAACAUGGUGUUAUAAUGCUGAAGUUUAAUAGCUCAGAACUCUUGCCUGGCUCUGGACGAGUUCCUGAGACGGCCUUGAUACCGAGAGUGCACAGUAUCCAUUCACGACAUCCCUCUCAGACUCCGAGUUGGCGUGCCAGAAACAUGCGGCUUAUAAAGGGAAUGAGAUCUGUCAUGUUGACUUGCCUCGACAUCAACCGACAUGAUUUCCAAAGAGCGACUGCCUCUAGCAUAGGAAUGACGACGUUCUCUAGUCUCGCCCGUCAGAGGAGAGCAUGA